AUGAAACUCAGCAUCACCCUCAUCGUUGCCACCCUUGCAGCUUCCGCCGCUGCCUUUCCUGCCCCCGCUUUGACCGCCAGUGCUGCCAAAUUAGCUGUUCGGUCGACUUCAACAGAGCAACAAGUCGGAGGAGACAACAACCAGCUGAAGUCCAUUGAAGCAAAAUGCUGGGGCAACUGUGGGGCCGUAGUCCCUUCUAUCGGCGGCAUGCAUUGGGGUCACCAGCUCGUUCUUGGAAACCCCUCCUUUUCAACUUUCUCGCAAUUUCAAACCACCUUCAAUAACUUUGUGACAAUCUCCCGAAACUCUCUCGCCUUUUGGCAGAGUCAAACACUCCAAGCCCAACAAUUCGCGCUCCAGUUCCAACAAAUGAUCACGAACUUUUGGCAAAUGCUCAAUCAAUUUCAGCGCGGUUGCACUCUGUGUACCAACGUUGGCCAAACAUUCCAGUUCCAAGCCAUCGUGUCGAACUUCUUUGUCUCAAUCCAACAGAUCCUUAUGAUCAUCCAAAGGCAAUACUGGAACCAGAUCUCCUUGUUCCAAUAUGAUAUAAGGAUUCUCUCCUCAUGUAUCCAAGUCAUCUUCGGCAUCACUCAACUCCUGCGUAUCCCCAUGAGCAUCAUCUUCAACAACAUCAACAUGAAUGUCUUCCGCCAGUUUGGUAUUCAACUUGCCCAAUUCCAAUACUACAACCAACAAUCCCUGUUCAACUCUAUCGGUCAUGUUUCCCCUUAUGGCAACAACAAUCGAUACCCUAACAGAUUGCCCAAUGGAAACGGUAACGGAUACAACGGAUACCAGAAUCGAUACCCUAACAGAUACCCCAAUGGAAACGGUAAUGGCUACAACGGAUACAACGGAUACAACAACGGAUACCCUAAUGGAAACGGCAACGGCUACAACGGAUACGGCGUCGGUAAUGGCAAUAGAAAUUUCUGA